CUCUCCCGUCCUGUGAGAUGUGUCACUGUCCCUGCCCGUUCUCUCCGUUGCAUCUCUCAGCCUUCAGCUGCCAUAGCGAGGUUAAAUAGCCUGUACCCUCUUCCUGCGUACAUUAUCUCACUCAGCAGCUGUUUCCCUACUUCUACUUCUAAUUUACAAUGACUGUCCCAAUUUCGGCUUCAGACUUCAACCCUCGAGAUCAAUUGGUCCCACACAUUGUCGACCACUACGCGAGAGUUCAACCCGAAGAUGUCUACGCCGAGUACCCGCGCAACGUGUCAAGUCUAGAAGAUGGAUACCAGGCGAUAACCUACAAGGCCCUAGCCAACGCCAUUGACGGGAUUGCGCAUUGGCUGGUGAAACAGCUGGGCCCCGGCCAUGGAGAAACUCUGACCUACGUUGGCCCCAAUGACUUGCGGUAUCCUGCUUUGGUGUUGGGGGCUGUCAAGGCUGGCUACUGCAUGUUCCUGACGUCGCCGCGUAACAGCGCGCUGGCUCAUCAGACUUUGUUGGAAAAGCUUGAGUGUACGAGGCUGGUUGCCCCAGUGCCACGUCCGCCGCCUGCUGCCGCGAUCCUAGAGGCUGUGCCGUCGCUCGAGGUCUACGAUGUUCCGAGCGUCGAAGAGCUUCUCACCACCGAGUACCCUCAUUUCCAGUACGCCAAGACCUAUCCGGAUGCUGCCCGAGAGCCCCUGGCUAUCAUCCACACCUCAGGGUCGACGGGCAUUCCCAAGCCCAUCGUGUGGACGCACGACACCGCGGUCAAACACAUGCACAUGCAAGUCCUCGAGCCACCCGCUGGGUACGAGAGCCAGCACCAGUGGGGCUUUGGCAAGCGGAUGUACAUGAUGAUGCCGCCCUUCCACGCGGCCGGACUGGGCCAUUUCCUCUUCGUCACGAUGCACGUAGGCAUCACGCUCGUCCUCCCGGCCUCGGGGGGUCUGCCCACCGCGGCAGGAAUGGUGGCCUCGCGCAAGCAGACGCCUUUCGAGGUCGCCUUCGUGGCGCCGUCCAUUGUCUCGGAACUUGCCCAGUCCCCAGAGCUCCUGGACUUUGCUCGCAACCACGUCGAGUACAUCGCCUACUGCGGCGGUGACCUCCCCCAGGCCAUCGGCGACACGGUUGCCGCGCAGAUCAAGUUAGUCAGCCAGUACGGUGCCACCGAGAUGGGCUUCAUCAACUCGAUCCACUCGAAGACCGAUCGCGAUUCACGCAAGGACUGGCGGUACAUCAACUUCCACCCGGAGGUAGGGAUCGAGCUGCAACACGUCUCCGGGGAUGAGUAUGAGAUGGUGCAGGUGCGCAGCCCACAUCGCGAACGCCACCAGUUCCCGUUCACGAUCUUCCCCGAUCGACAAGAGUAUCACACCUCCGACCUGAUGGUCCCCCACCCUACGAAACCGGGUCUGUGGCGCACCACGGCGCGUAUAGAUGAUGUUAUUGUGUUUCUUAAUGGGGAGAAGACGAAUCCUGUCUCAAUGGAGCAGUAUAUCGUUUCCGCAAACCCGGAGGUGACUGGUGCGCUGGUGACCGGGGCGCAGCGCUUUCAGGCUGCACUUCUCGUGGAGUUGGGCCGUGCCGAAGCAGGGUCGUUGGGGGUCAGCGAGCGGGCCGCGAUGAUCGAGAAGCUCUGGCCGAGUAUCCAGCAUGCCAACGCUGAAUGUCCAGCCCACGCCCGUAUCGCCAAGAGUCACAUUCUCUUUACUACGCCAGAGAAGCCUAUGCUCCGCGCUGGUAAGGGUACCGUGCAGCGCGCGGGCACGGUGUUGCUGUAUACCCAGGAGCUCGAGGCGCUAUACGCCGACGCCGAGAAGUUGGCUCAGCAUGACGCAGGUGAGAUCGUUGGACCUGGCAGCGUAGAGGAUGCUGUGCAGGUGGCGGAGUAUAUUCGCGCGUCAAUUCUUAAUAUCACGGGAUGGGAUGCGGAGAAGCUGUCUGAUACGGAGAAUUGGUUCAACCUUGGUCUGGACUCGCUCCAGGCGAUAACAGCCACGCGUGUGCUGAAGCAGGGUCUCAAUCUCCCUGACCUGACCCCUAAUCUGAUCUACCUGCACCCGUCGGUGACAGAGCUUACCUCUGCUGUUCAGCAGCUGCACCAGCAGGGAAGAAUGUCCACGGAGCAGCAGCAGCAGGCGCUCCUCGCGGAACGAGACCAAUUGCUGCAGGAGCUCAUCAGCCAGGUCGAGCAACCCAGCCAUGCUGCCGCCGAUGAACCUUCUGCAGACGCGAGUACAAGCCCCAAAGCACACACAGUGAUCCUGACCGGCUCCACAGGCCAGCUAGGAACAUACAUCCUUGACGCCCUCCUGAAGAACCCCUCCGUAGCGCACAUCCACUGCCUGAACCGCGACGAGAGCGCCGCAGAGCGACAACACAAACGCCUCGCAGCGUACGGUCUGACAUCACUGACAGACAGUACCAGCACCCAAACGCGCGUAAGCUUCUGGACGACAGAUCUGAGCAAGACCGACCUCGGAUUGGCACCGCACGACCUCGCGCAGCUACAGCAAACCGCCACGCUGAUCAUCCACAACGCGUGGACAGUGAAUUUCAAUCUCUCUUUAACUUCCUUCAAACCGCACCUGCAGGGCGUAGUCAACCUGAUUAACUUCGCAGCCCACAGCGCGCAGACCCCGCACCUCUUCUUCCUCUCCUCCAUCAGCUCGACAAUGGGCCACCACACCGAAUCCGGCCUCACGCCCGAGACGGUGAUCCACACCGCCGUGCCGGGCCCGAACGGCUACGCCAACAGCAAGUACAUUGCGGAGCAUCUGCUUGGUCACGCCGCGCAGCAACAACCGCAGAUGGGGCCCUCGUUCGCGUUCGCCCGCGUCGGCCAAGUCUGCGGCGCCGUGCGCAGCCCCGGUCUAUGGAAUCCGGCCGAGUGGUUCCCCAGCCUGGUGCGAAGCGCCCUACACCUCCGCGCAUUGCCAGAAAGUCUGGGCCGAGCACCCCUCGACCAAGUCGACUGGGUUCCUAUCGAUCUCUUGGCCGAGGUGCUCGUGGACCUGGCUGUCCUCGGCGGUUCUCCUGCAACAAUUGGUUCCGUCUCCACGUCCAGUACAGAGUCUCGACUCAAAGUCUACCACCCCGUCAACCUCCACCCCCAACCCUGGCCAACGACAAUCCGCCCCGCCGUCGCCGAGGCGCUCCUCGCUCUCCGACCCGAUGAACCCAUCCAAGAUAUUGACACCAUCCCACUGCGCGAGUGGGUCAUGCGUGUCCGACGGAAUAUCGAGAAAGCUAGCGUUGGCCGUAACGGUGUCAAGAAGGGAAGCGGACUAGCUGAGAAAGAGCUGCAGGUGCUGCUCGAGCGCAACCCCGCAGCCAAGCUGUUGGAGUUUUUUGAAACGCUGGCGGACGAGCAGACUGCCGGGCCGGAGAACGCGUUGGAGACGGUGCGGACGGCGGCGGUGAGUGCGCGGUUGCAUGAGGUGUCGGGCGUGCAGGCUGAGUGGGUGCGGAAGUGGGUUGGGGAGUGGUUUGGGGUGGCUUAAUUCACCUAGUACCUAAAUACUUCUGUCUGGUGUUGGGGAUAGGACUGUGGCUUACUUAAGUUGAGGUCUUCAUGUGAUGUAUUCGGGGUAUAUCUGAAGGUAAUAUACCCGAGGCAAAUAGCGAUGACUGAGAAUGAGGAAU